ACCUUGUUGUUGACUGCUAUCACACACUCGACACUAGGAAUAAACAAUUUGAUCAUGGAAAAGAUCUCGAAUAAGAUCGCUGCUCUUCCCGAAGAUGCAGACUACUUUUCUCUGGAGUUCUUCCCUCCGAAAACGCAGAUGGGCUCAGCAAACCUCCAAGCCCGAUUAGAGCGUAUGUCCCAGGCCCUUCGACCGCUUUUUGUGACCGUGACAUGGGGUGCUGGAGGAACCACGGCUACCAAGUCCCUUGAACUUGCGGAAAUAUGCCAGAGACAAUUGGGUUUAACCACAUGCCUGCACCUGACAUGCACCAAUAUGAACAGGACUCUAAUCGAUAGCGCACUGGAUGAAGCAAAAGCUCUAGGCAUCCGGAAUAUUCUGGCGCUGCGGGGUGAUCCACCCAGGAGUGACGAGUACAACCUUGAUGGAGAAGACGAUAGCAACAAGGAGUUUACAUACGCGGUAGAUCUAGUGCGGUAUAUCCGCAAGAAGCACAGUGAUUACUUCUGCAUAGGCGUGGCGGCUUAUCCAGAAGGUCAUUCCGAUGAGUCUCAUCCUGGUGUUCAAGAUCCCGUCAGGGACCUCCCUUAUUUGGUUGAGAAAACUAAAGCGGGAGCCGAUUUUAUCAUGACACAAUUGACCUACGAUCUGGAGGCAUAUAAAAGAUUUGAGUCAAUGCUGCGGAAUCAUGAAUCUGGAGUGUUCAAGACCAUUCCGAUUAUUCCUGGCUUGAUGCCCAUUCAGAGCUACCCGAGGCUAACCAGAAUCACGAAACUAAGCCACGUCCGCGUCCCACCAGAAAUGUUAUCUCGAAUUGAGGCAUGUAAAAAGGACGACGAAGCAGUUAAGAAAGUCGGCGUUGACAUUCUGAGCGAGUUGGUUGAAGGAAUUAAAACGAUUCCAGGCACAGGGCCCCGAGGCCUGCAUUUUUAUACGCUGAAUCUGGAGAAGUCUGUGUCUUUUAUCCUUGAGCGAUGUAACCUGAUACCACCAUCAUCGGAGGCUUCAAGUGACACAGAUUCAGAUUCAGUCUUCGCCUCCGGAAACUUGCAAAACGGACUUGGUACAGCGGCAGACAAACCCCCCUUAAUAUCAAGGCGCCGAGCGUCAUCUCUAAAUUCUCAACCGCAUAACCGCGUAAUUGUUGAUAGAGCUGAUAUAUCCUCCCAAAGCUCUAUCACACAUGAAGCAUCCGCUCAGGGCGCUGGUAUGCCUGCUCUUAACCCUCCUCAUCGCAAUACAGCCCUACAAAUCUCUGAAGGGAUGGGAGCACUUGGCCGUGAAGCCACUUGGGAUGACUUUCCCAACGGUCGUUGGGGUGAUGCUCGCUCACCUGCGUUUGGUGAGAUCGAUGGAUACGGUCCGUCCUUACAUGUGACAGCAAAUGUUGCCCGUCGAUUAUGGGGAUACCCGACUACCCGCGAAGAUAUAAAUAACAUAUUUAGGCAGCACGUUUCCGGUGGAUUGCACGCAGUCCCCUGGUCUGAAGGAGGCGCCGCAGAGGAAACAGGUGGUUUAAGCCCGGAAACAAUCACCAUUCGUCCAUACUUACUUAGCCUGAUAGAAAAGCGAGGUUGGUGGACCCUUGCAUCGCAGCCUGCAGUCAGCGGAGUUCGCAGCGAUCAUCCCAUCUUUGGCUGGGGUCCGCCUGGUGAGGGUUUUGUUUUUCAGAAGGCAUUCGUGGAGUUCUUCUGCUCUAAGGAUGACUAUCGCUCACAUUUAAAACCGCUACUUCAACGCUAUGGCCAUGAUGAAUUUGCGUGGUUUGCGACAAAUGCAGCUGGUGAUUUCGAAUCAUCUACAUCUUCUUCGAUACCGGUUCCUACCGGACCUGUCGAUGCCGUUUUCGAUGAUAUGGAUAGUUUUCCAUCUUCGAAUUCCGGCGGAGUUAACGCGGUAACUUGGGGUGUUUUCCGCGGAAAGGAGAUCAUUACACCUACCAUUAUCGAGGAAGUUAGCUUCCGGGCAUGGGGAGAAGAGGCAUUCCGUAUAUGGGAUGAAUGGAGACGAAUCUUUCCCCGGGGCAGUCCUACUGAAAAGUUAUUGAACCGGGUGAAGGAAGACACAUGGCUGGUUUGUGUUAUUGGCCAGCGUUUUGGUGCCGGGGGUGACCCUGGCAAAGAUGUUAUGGAAGAAGGAAAGCUUUUGUGGAAAGUGCUCGCUGGUGAGAAUGUCUCCCUGCAAUCCUAGAAUCUUUCGGCUUUUUUGAGCUCACAACUUGGAAAUAAUCGCUUGUGGACACGGGGUGUAUGGUGUGGUAUGGCAUGGGAAUCGGGAUAUACUGAGGAUUUCUUGCUGAGAUUUCAUAA